ACCUCACCAACUGUCGGCGCUAAAGGUUUGUCAUGGAUAUGCGAAUGUCCUUUCUUCAGCACUUUUGCAACUGUUGUAGACAUCGCUUUUACUGAAGUGUGUGAAUUCUGUCAUCGCUUUACAACAUGGCUAAGCGUGUAGCUGUAGUGCUAGCAGGCUGUGGCGUUUUCGACGGCAGUGAAAUCCACGAAGCCUCUGCAGUGCUGGUGCAUUUAAGCCGAAACGGAGCAAGUGUUAAAAUAUUCGCACCCAGCAUCGAUCAGAUGCAUGUUGUAGAUCAUGUGAAAGGUGCCCCCACCGAGGAGAAGCGCAAUGUGCUUGUGGAAAGUGCUAGACUUGCCCGAGGUGACAUUCAAGAUCUGACUGAACUCAGCGUAAAGGAUUUUGAUGCCAUUAUUUUCCCAGGUGGCUUUGGAGUUGCAAAGAAUCUGUGCAGCUGGGCAGUACAAGGCAAAGACUGCUGUGUGAAUGAGCAGGUUAAAGCAGUACUGCAGGCUUUCCAUGCUGAGAAGAAACCCAUUGGCUUGUGCUGUAUCUCUCCAGUACUGGCAGCUAAGGUCUUCCCUGGCUGUGAAGUCACAGUUGGCAAUGACAAAGAUGAAAGAUCUCCUGAUGUACCAGGGACUGCAGAAGCCAUCAGCCAGCUGGGCUGUAAACACAUCUGCAAGAAUGUCAAUGAAGCCCAUGUGGAUGAAAAAAAUAAGAUUGUCACCACCUGUGCCUUUAUGUGCAAAGCACCUCUCCAUGAGAUAUUUGAUGGCAUUGGUGUGAUGAUUCAAGAUGUUCUCAAACUUGCCUGAAUGCACACUAGCACCACAAUCCAGCAAGUGUAAACACCUUUUUUAGAGCUACAAAGCAUAUCAAAGGAUGACCUUUGCCUUACUACUGUAAUGCACAUGUUAAUUGCGAAGUAAUAAACAGCAUGAGACUGAAUUUAAAUACUC